AUGUCUGACAACAUCGAACUCAAGACCGUCGGCUUUGAUGCCAGAUUCCCACAGAUGAACCAGACCAAGCACUGCUUCUCUGCUUACCUCGACUACCACAAGUGUAUCAACGUCAAGGGCGAAGACUUUGCUCCAUGUAAGGUGUUCUGGAGGACCUACAACUCUCUGUGUCCAUCUGCCUGGGUCGAGGAGUGGGAUACCCAAAGGGGUAUGUAUUAA